CACGACAGCUGUGCGCAUGCGCCGCCGCAUUGUCUGACUGCAGUUUUUCCCCUACUUUCUCGGCAGGAAUCAAAACCUCGGAUAUCUGGAGAGUAAACUUCAACGCCUCACACAUGCGGCCUCCAAGUGCUUCUCUGUUUGUAAGAAACGUCUCGGACGAGUCCCGAAAUAAAGUCAAAGAGUAGCGGUGUAGCAUAGCCAAACUGACCUUCAAGAUCAGAGGGAGGGAGAGGUUGAACAAAGAAAAGUAAAGCAUGAAGAAGAAAAGGGGACAAAGCCUGGAUGUGGCAAAGACAAAGAGUGGGCAAAAGAGAAGUGGUUAAAGAGGUUAAAGGUCCGAGAGAGAAAGCAUCCGGACCAAAGAUAACAAGUCUGAGAUGUUCUUUUGAGGACGUGCGCGAUGCAGAGGACGCCCUUCACAGCCUGGACAGGAAGUGGGUGUGUGGGCGCCAGAUUGAAAUCCAGUUUGCUCAGGGAGACAGGAAGACUCCGCACCAGAUGAAGGCAAAGGAGCGGCGGUCACCGGGCAGGUACUCGAGGUACGGCGAUUACGACCGAGACAGCCGGUGGAGACGUUCACGCAGUCGCAGCUAUGAAAGAUACCGCUCCAGGAGCCCGUCGUACGAGCGCCAUCGGAGACGCUCCGGAAGUCCCAGAGAGCCUCGCGGACGUGCGUACGGUCGCGGCCGCAGCAGGAGCCACGAGGACGACAGGUACCACCAGAGGGGCCGGCGAGAGUCCAGAGGACGUUCCCAGUCUCCUUUAGGGUCUCCACGCCGGGACCAGAACCCAGCCUCGUCGUCUCACUUCACAGAGGAAGGUCUGCGACCCGCCCACUCCCAGUCCCGCUCCCGCUCCACAUCCCGGUCGCGCUCUCGCUCGCACCCUCGCUCCUGGGCCGGGCGCAAGUCCGGAGGCCGUUAAUGGGAAGCGUCUUUAGCCGGUUCUUCUGAGACACUGGAGCAGGUUCCUCUGCAUUUCCAACUCCAACGCAACUUCUGACCCAGAUCAGGGGACUUGUUUAUAAACGUCGGGUUGAUUGGCUAACAAACAUAGGGAUUCUCAAAUAAGUGUCACUGAUUGGCUCUUGACUGUGCAGGUAGUUAACACCAACUUAGUGAGCUGAAGACCUCCAACCUGGGUUUUACUGACUAAACCAAAAAGUGAGGUGGUUCUCCGUCACAGACAUUUAAGGAAAAACUUCAUUCCUACAUUUUAUUGAAGAAGACUUCAUAAAAAAUAGCUUCAACCGUUCAUAAUUAACACUUGAAUUCACCAUGACUGCCUCUUCAAUUCUCCGCCCGCUGUUCCCAGAAUUUCACAACUUGUUUUUAGUAUUGUGAGUUUUUUUGUUUUUGUUUUUUUUUUAAUAUACGUGAAGAUUUUGGUGUGAGUGUGGUCCCCUGGUCUUUGUGUUGAUCAGUAUGUAAGGGUCGACUCGUAGCUGACCUGGUGACCUCCUUUAUCCACAGUUUUCCCAAAAUCCUAUGCACCCACUUCUUUUAUAAAAUGUCCGGUCUUUCUGAGAGCGUGUUCCGUUUGUAGUUUUAAAGUGUGUCCUGGUAUUCUCAAAACGCGUUGACGUGAUCUGCCGGGUCAAGUCGACAAUAGCAAAAGAUGCAUCGCAAACUGGAUCGCCAUGUUUGAGGUGUAACAGCAGGUCAAAACUCUUGGUCAAUGUGGACGUUUUUGAGCGACUCCACCCAGAGAACAUUCAAGGCCAAACACUGGAUGAAUUCUGUCUUUUACAUGUACCAACAUUUAGUCUUUUUAUCGGCUCAAUUUCUCUUGUUUUUUUUCUGUUUGUUUUAAUGUUUGAUGCUCCAACUCUUCUAUCUUUAAGAAGAAUCUUAUUUUGAGUAAUAAAAGAUAUUGUUCAGUAAGUAUUGUUGUUUUAUUGCCUCCACCAUGGGGGUUUAUGUUUUCAACGGAUGUCUUUCUCUGUACCAAAUAACUUGAAAAGUUCCAGUGGGAUUUUGAGGAAUUGUGUGAAACGGGACCAGAAACAAAUGAUUCAGUUUUGGGAGUGAACCGGAUCAUCAUCAUCUGGGUCCAGGAUUUCUUUUUUUUUUUUUAAUAAACUGUGUUUCCAUGU